AUGAAAAUAAUUUCCAACUUAUUGAAGAAUUUUCAGGACGAAUGGCUCGUUCGGACGACGGCCUCUUUAAAUGAAAUAAAUCCUAUAGUUGACAGGAUCAUGGAGGACGAAUCAGUAGAGGGUGUGGUCAUGACUAAUCAAGAGGGAGAGCCAGUUUUGACAAACAUUAAUUUAAUGAAUGCAACUAACUACGGCAUCGCCAUGCGACGAUUAGGUGUUAUGACUCAAACUGCCAUCAAAGAGCUGGAUCCAUUUGAUGAAGUUCUCAUACUGAGAUUAAAUACAAAGAAAAUAGAAAUAAUGACCGCUCCACAUAAAGAAUUUAGUAUCACGGUUAUGCAGCAUUCAAGAAUAAAAACAAAGCAAAAGAAAAAUGGAUAG